AUGGCACGCCCUCCUUACCGCCAAAUCACUCCAAGCCUUUCUUCAGAAUUUUCCGACAUCGUCCUCAAAAGCAACUCUCAAGACCUAAUUCAAACUCAAACAUCGAAUCCCUACUCGACGCAACCUAGCUCGCAGAACCGGUCCCGAAAUGGCAGUGUCAGUUUGUCCACACCUGCCCGGCCGAUGUCGAUCAAGAAUCCUAGCCCCUUGUCGGUCUAUGAGUGGACCCCUUCGCCAUCCAAAGCUCAGGACGAUGGUUCAAACAUGCCACUGCUGUUCUCAGAUGGAGAGGCAGAUGCUGGAUUGGCCAAGGCAAAGCCUCCACAAACAGCGGGCCUCAAGUACUCACACUCGGACCCAUUUGGCGAUCAACUAAAUGGACGCUACACGAUCGUGCUCGACGACCCAGAGCCCACACCCGAAUAA